CUUCCGACCAUGGCCGGGUUCCGCAGGCUGGGGCUGGAGGAGGCCCUGGCGCUGGGGCCUAAGUGGCGGCACGCGUGCCACGCGCUGCUCUACGCGCCGGACCCCGGGAUGCUCUUUCGCCGCAUCCCGCUGCGCUAUGCGGUCCUGAUGCAGAUGCGCUUUGAUGGGCGCUUGGGCUUCCCGGGCGGUUACGUGGAACUGCAGGACGGCAGCCUGGAGGAGGGACUGAACCGCGAGCUGAGCGAGGAGCUGGGCGAGGCUGCGGCCGCCUUCCGCGUGGAGCGCGCCGACCACCGCAGCUCGCACGCGGCGUCAGGCCCCCACUUCGUGGCCCACUUCUAUGCCAAGCGCCUGACGCUGGAGCAGCUGACUGCCGUGGAGAGAGGCGCACCGCACGCCAAAGACCACGGGCUGGAGGUGCUGGGCCUAGUGCGGGUGCCCCUGUACACCCUGCGGGACGGUGUGGGCGGCCUGCCUGCCUUCCUGGAGAACACCUUCAUUGGAAUUGCACGGGAGCAGCUGCUGGAAGCCCUCCAGGACUUGGGACUGCUGGAAUCCACCUCUGGCCUCAAGCUUUAAGAUCUCAGCUCUGAGAUCAGGAACUUUGUACUUGGGAGGGAGGGAGGAUAAAGGGAAUGGUUUCUUUUCUGGGCCUAGGCCAUAGGUUACAGAUUAAAAGAAGUAUGUGCCAUAUGUUCUGAGCAGAGGGUCCCCGGCAAUGCAUGGCACCUGGGGCAAAAAUCUGCAUCUCACCCCAGGGGCGGUGGCAAAUUCUCAGAGCCUGUCUCCUCCCUGUACAUUUGUACACACAGACUGGCAACCCCUAGACGUGUGAAUGUAAAAUCUGCGCCCACACACAAGCUGAUGCCUUCCUAUCCCCAAAGUUUAGUUUAACCAGGGAGUGGCAUGUAUGGGGCCUAAGUGGUCAGUUUCCUGUCCUCUUGCUGGGAGGAGCUUCUGAACCAUACUCCUCCGGGGCUGCUCUCCAGGGUGGAGCCCAGCCCAGCCCAGCCCAGCCCAUGAGUAUUGUGGAAGAGAAAGAAGCAGGGAACCUUUUUCCCUCUGAAAGUGGUUGCAUCCUUGCCUGGGAUUUGGCCAAAGCAGUGUACUCCUGAAAGGUGGUAAAUGGUCCCAACCAAUCCCCUGCUCUCUUCUGAAACUGAGCAGAAAGGAUAAGGAAAUGGCUUGGUCUCCUUCAACUGACCUUGAACUUGACACACUGAGUCCUGGUGCAUCUCCUUCAAGGUUUUCAUCUUUGGGACCCCUUAGACUCGGGACAUCAGAAGAAAGCUGACCCAGCCCUGGUCUGGCCCUGCUCUGACAAAAAGAGUCCCCCGGUAAAGAAGGGCUUAUACUGGACUUCUCGGCCCUUCGUUCUUUCAACAAUAUGUAGGAGGUAUGGAAGAUCUAAGGGAUGAGAGCCAUGGGACUUGCUCCCCCUUGGAACUGGGAAGCCAUGGGGGGGAUAAAUAGUAACUGUUUAGGCUUUGUUGGACCACAUGGUCUUUGUAGCAACUAUUCAACUCUGCAGUGCCAGAAGCAUUAAUGGACAAUGCAUACAUAACAGGCUGUGUUCCAGUAAAACUGUUUCUAAAAGGAGGUGGCCAGCCUGUGGGCCAUAGGUUGCCAACACCUGCUCUAGAGUGAAAGAUAAGAUUAAUUAUUUUAAUUAUGAUGCCUAUUGUUUUAUUUAUGUCCGUGUUAAGAAGGAAAUGAAGGAUUGAUACAGAUCCCACCUUGAUAUUUUUUACUUUUAGUUGAGGUGGUCCGGAAGGGACUUCUCUGAAGAGUAUAGGGUGUCCCCAAAAAAUGU